ACAGAAUUUAGUUGGUCAGAAGAAAUGUGCGAUUUUUCAUUACACAUCGACUUGCCGUUCAGUCAUGUCUAAUAUUGAGUUUACAGUCAAUGGGAUCUUGUGUUCAGUGGGAUGCGAAGUCUCCUCAACUUUGAUGCUGGUGGACUACAUCCGGCAUCAUUUGGAGCUGCGCGGCACCAAGUACAUGUGUCGUGAGGCUGGAUGUGGGGCCUGCAACGUCUCUGUGAUUAAGACACCGGGUGGUCCAGAAUUAUCAGUGAAUUCGUGCGUGGUUCCAGUAGCUUCCUGCGAUGGAUGGAAAAUUAAGACGAUCGAAAGUAUCGGCAACAAGAAGGAUGGCUACCAUUCCAUCCAGAAGGCUGUGGCCAAAUGUAACGGCACCCAGUGUGGGUACUGCACUCCGGGAUGGGUGAUGGCUAUGUACAGUUUGUUACAGAACAACACCGAAAUGACCAUGCUGGAGAUAGAAAAGUCGUUUGGUGGCAACAUCUGUAGGUGCACCGGCUAUAGGACCAUCCUUCAGGCUUUCAAGCAAUACGCAAAAGACUCCCCCACUUCGAUCAGCGACAUUGAAGAUUUGCAUAUCUGCGAGAAAUCCGAUCAGCAAUGUUGCAAGAAAAACUGCGACGAAAGCGACUGGUGCCUGGUCGCCAAUAACGUCGGGUCGACCACCAAGGAAUUAACAUUAAAGGACGGCGUUAAAUGGUUCACCGUUACCCAAAUCUCUGAUAUUUUCGAGAUUUUACUGGUCGAAGGCACUGACUCUUAUAUGUUAGCGGCUGGGAACACUUCUAAAGUACCAUAUCCAAUAACGACUCCUUUUAGUGUAAUAAUCGAUAUAUCUGGAGUCUCAGAAUUAAAAGGAUACACUUUGGACCAGAACCUUGUGGUUGGAGCUGGAAAUACUCUCACCGAGUUCAUGGAAAUUCUAGAAAAGGCCUCUACUGAGGAGGGAUUUGAAUAUUUAGUAAAAUUUACUGAGCAUAUGGAGUAUCUUGGCCAUAAGACACUAAGGAAUAUUGCAACCAUUGGAGGUAACCUGAUGAUGAAAAAUAAAAACGUUGCUUUCGCUUCAGAUCUGUAUCUGUUAUUCGAAAUUGUUGGAGCACAAGUUACAGUCAAGAGUCAAGAGUACGGAACCGAAACAGUGACGAUGCACGAGUUCAUCCUCUUAAAAAUGGUUGGAAAAGUCUUAGUGAAUAUAUUACUACCGCCCCUAUCUGAAGAUUACAAAAUUGUGACUUUUAAGAUCAUGCAACGUGCCCAGGCCGUCCACGCCACUUUGAAUGCCGGAUUUAAUUACAAACUAAGCAACGACAAUGUGGUUAGAGAAGCUAAAAUCGUUUACGGUGCUUUGACGACCGCUUCGACCAGGGCUACAGAAACUGAAAAAUAUUUGAUUGGCAAACCACUCUUCACCAACGAAACUCUGCAAGGAGCUCUCACAGUUUUGGAUAGUGAUCUGGUCGUAGUUGAAAAUCCUCCAGAACCAUCCGCAGAGUACAGAAAGCAUUUGGCUCUAUGUCUGUUUUAUAAGGGUCUACUUUCCCUUUGCCCCACAGCAACUCUCCAGCCUCGAUACCGAUCAGGAGCCAUAAAAAUCCACGACUCUCGUCCGGUCUCGGAAGCCACACAGACAUAUGAGACCAACAAUAAGCUGUAUCCUCUGACGGAACCGCUACCGAAACACGAAGCUUUGAUCCAAUGUUCCGGCGAAGCCAUGUAUUCCGAUGACUUGCCGAGUUUGCCUCACGAGGUGUUUGCUUCGUUCGUCCUUAGCACGGUGGCUGUCGGAGAAAUCAUUUCCAUUGAUCCGACUAAAGCACUGGAAGUUGAUGGUGUCAUAGCUUUCUAUUCAGCGAAAGAUAUUCCUGGGCUAAACUCUUUCACUCCUGAUGAUCUUCCAUUAUACGCCAAAGCGGAAGAAGUACUAUGCAGCGGUCGGGUCUGUUACUACGAACAACCAAUCGGCAUCAUUGUGGCUGAGGACCAAAUAACCGCCGACACAGCUGCCAAACUGGUCAAAGCCACAUACAAAAAUGUCAAGAACCCAGUCGUCAACAUCAAAGAAGCCAUUAAAGAUGCUUCAAGGAACACUUUGUAUACUUCUGCUGAUGCCACGGAAACAGGCACGGACGUCACCAAAGUUAUUAGUGGCACUAAUUCUGGAGACGGUCAAUACCAUUUUACGAUGGAGACUUUGGUCUGCGUGACUAACCCCACUGAAGAGGGCUUGGAAAUCCACACAGCCACACAGUGGACCAACGGAGUUCAACUAAUGGUUUCUCGUGCUUUGGGCAUUGAGAAAAACAGAGUCGACGUCCACGUGCGCCGUGUUGGUGGAGCAUACGGGUUGAAAAUAUCCCGCAGCACUCAAGUGGCAGUAGCGUGCAGUUUGGUGACAUAUAAACUGAACAGACCGUGCCGCAUCCUGCAGUCCUUGGCCACGAAUAUGAAGGCCAUGGGAAAAAGGCUACCGUACCUUGCUAAGUAUGAGGUAGCCGUUAACAGUUCUGGUACAGUACAAUACACGAACUUAAAUAUGUACGAAGAUAAUGGAUACAAGGUAAAUGAAGAUUUCUACGGCCUUAGUCUUGAUGCUAUAAACAAUUGCUACAAAUCUACAAACUUAACGUAUAAAUGUUACAAUACCGUUACCGACACCCACAAGAAUACUUGGUGCAGAGCUCCCGGUACAAUGGAAUUUAUAGCCAACACCGAGCUAAUUAUGGAGCGCAUAGCUUAUGAGCUUGAACUGGACCCGGUCAGCGUACGUCUUGCAAACGUCGAUACAACACGUUAUAAAGACGUCAUAGAAGUUUACGAAACAUUGAAAAAGAAAGCUGAUUAUGAGACAAGGCGUGCGGAAGUCAAUACUUUUAAUGCCACCAAUAGAUGGAGGAAACGUGGACUAAGAUUCAGCUUCCUACGGUGGACUCCAAUCAGCGCUGGUAUAACCGGAGCAACCGUAUCCAUCAAUCAAGGCGAUGCAACCGUAACCAUAGUCCAUGGUGGUGUCGAAAUGGGGCAAGGUAUAAACACUAAAGCCAUGCAAAUUUGCGCUCAUUUGCUCAAAAUUUCCAUGGAUAAAAUCCAAGUCAAAGCAACUAAUACGAUAGCUUUCACAAACCAGUUUGUUACCGGAGGUAGUGUUGCAUCAGAAAACGUUAGUGCUGCUGUCGGUGCAGCUUGUGAAACACUUUUAAGUAGACUGGAAGCGGUCAAGGCUACUAUGGAAGGUAGUCCAACUUUCGAGCAGGUAGUCAAGCAAGCGUUCGACACUAAUGUAGAUUUGAAAGCUCACGGAUUACGCAGUGCCUCUACUUUUGAGCCUUAUGAUGUUUUUGGAGCUACAUUAGCAGAGGUAGAAAUUGACGUGUUGACUGGAGAACAUGAAAUCCUUCGAGUUGAUCUUAUCGAGGAUGUAGGAACUUCAGUAAACCCUGAAAUCGAUAUUGGACAAAUCGAAGGUGCUUUCGUCAUGGGUUUGGGUUAUUGGACCUGUGAACAAUUGGUCUACAACUCCACUUCUGGCCAACUCCUCACUACAAGAGCUUGGAACUAUUUCGUACCUCAGGCGAGAGAUAUUCCGCAGAAGAUGAACAUACACCUCAGACCUAAAUCUUACAGUAACGAUACGGCUUUUGGUUCUAAAUGUGUUGGGGAACCACCACUGUGCAUGUCAAUUGCAUUAGUACUCGCCAUAAUAGAGGCAACAGCUGCAGCCAGAAAGGAAUCCGGAUACGGUGCAACCGACAUCUUCAAUAUCAGUGCCCCGUUCACCCCGGAGAAAAUCUCUCUUUCAACCAAAACCGCCAUUAAAGAACUACUGUACAACUAAUAUUUUUUUGUUUUGUUAUUUCUUGUUGUGUUUCUUGUUAUGAUGUUUGUUUUUAUUCAUCCAUUAAAUUCGUUACUUUUA